AUGAAGUGUUGGAUAUUGCUCACUGGACUUAUAUUGUUCAUUGCCUCAAUUGUGCAUGGUGCUCUACCCGGAGGUGAUUGUAUCGAGCCAUGCGUACGGGAAAUGCAAAGCCAACUGGAGCAAACCCCAAUGCUGCAAAGCGAGCAACUCGGGCAACUAUCGUUCACACAACUUGCUGGUCAGUCAAAUGAUCGUCAGCAUACUCAAGACGCUUUCUCGUUGAUUUGCCAAGCUUACGUCAAAGUCGAUGCAUGUUUGGAGCAAUGCGAGAAAACCACAGAAUCGUCAGCAAGAGUUCGUCAAACCUAUGCAGGCAUUCGCUUCAUCUGCGUUGAUCACAAGAAAGAGUUCUUCGAAUCGCUGCCGUGCUUAGCAAAGUUUGAACCAGUGGCUAUGCAAGAAUGUCGUCGUGAGAUCAACGAAUCACUCGUAGCUAGCAAUCGCUUCUCGACCACUGUCAUGCGCAAAGAACAACACAAUCUACGCAAUCAUUUCGAGACGCUGUGCAGAAAACUGGGUGCGAUGAUUGAAUGCGUGGAGCCGGUGACGAGAGGUGGUUGUGGCGACAAAGCAGCUGUUAUGAUGCUACGUUUCAUUACAGUGGGAUUUAGCAGUUUUGAACAACUCUAUUCCCAACUUGGUAUAUCGGAUCAACUACCAGCAUCGUGUGCGAUUGAUAUUGGAACCAUUAUUGUCGUUACCGUAUGUGCUGCAGUGGCUAUGGGUCAAACAUGGCUUUUGGCCCUACUAAUUGGUUGUUAUAAAGAUACGAGGAAGAAAGAGCUACAACGACUACUUGAGGAAGCUAUGAGAAGGGAGAAAGCCAAAUUUGGGAAGCGACCAGAUGGAGAUUUGCGAGCACUGUGCACUACUUCCAUAUAA